GAGGCUUUUGGACAGCCAUUGACAGAAUCUUCCUUGCCACUUCCAAGAUUGCUCCGAUGGUACGAUAAAAAGAAGACACCCCCAGAUUAUAAAACAGUGUUAUUAACAAUGCAAAAUAAAGAGGUUGUGGUGCAUCCUACUUUGGUUCCUACUAAAGUUGAGUCAAAAAAAUCAUAUUUGAUCAAUUGGGAAGAUUUGAAAGAUGAGGUGGAUGAGAAUAUAGAUCGGUUGACAAAAGCAAUUAGCGGUGUGACACGAUUAGUUAACUCUCCUCUCGAAAGGCAUGAGAUUACGGUAGCUAUGGAUCAUGACGGACAUGAAAAUGAUAUUAGAAGACAACCAUCAGAGGGAGUUACUGAAAAUAUUAAUUUGAGUGAUUCACCAGACAAACUUUCUCAACUUAUUGAAUUAUGUGCAAAUAUGUUUGAUGAGAUGAAGGAUAUGAACAAGAAGUUGAAUGAAAGAAUUAUGUGCAAAUAUGUUUGAUGAGAUGAAGGAUGCAAACUUUAUCGACUUAUUCCUUAUUAGUUUUAUGAUGAUAUUUCGUAUUG